UAUGCCUCACCCACAAGCAACACCACACAUGUGACUAGCAUGAAGGUCAGCACUUCAAUCAUUGCACUGAGUUGCAUUUUCUGGAAAGUCUCUGAACUGUUGGUGGAGGUGGUAGUCAGGCCUGGAGAUAAUGCAACUCUUACCUGUGACAUUGAGAUUGUCAUCGGAGAGGAGAUUCGUUGGGUUAAGAUCUGCUCUUUACAGAUCCAACCGCCUCUGAUCAUCUCUGCAUACAAUAGCAUGUUACAACCCAUUCCACGAUUCUCUGUGUUCUGGAACAAUACUUUAAAAUCUUAUGACUUACUGAUCGAGAACAUCACCGAAGCAGACCUUGGUCUCUACUAUUGCUCAAGGGUUGGGAAAAAAUACAUUAAACAGAACGGAAUAAUCUUCGAGAAGGAUGAGUAUCACACUGGUGAUACUCUCUUAAACCUCACAUACGGUUCACCUGUCUCCCCCUCAGAAAGCCCCCCUGAAUUAGAUUGUGACUGCUGGCAGUGCUGGCUGAUACUGCAAACAGUGUGUCCUGCAUGUUCUCUUCUCUCUGCCAUUUUGGCUUUUGUUUGCGGCUACAGAUGCUGCCACAAGACAGUGCUGAAGGAGUCUGAAGGUCAUCAAAGUGGUUCUGAGACGCAAAGACAGUUGAGCCAAGAACAGGAUGUCCAUACAGAAGUUUACUAUGCAUCACUGAACAUCCCCAGACGAGGAUGCAAACGGACAAAGAGCAGCCGACUGCAAAGCUCUGACUUCAGUGUAUAUGAUGGCAUAAAAAUGCACACUUAGGUAAAGGAUUAUGUACAUUCAGGUGGUCAAAUACCAAAGUUAAUCCAAGGUUUAUCAAACAUGUUUAUCAAUAUUUUUUUUUUUUUUUUUUUUAGAAUAUAA